GGGACAGCAGCCGUUGUCGUACCAGUCUGCCCUGCUGCUCGACGGCAUAUUAGUCACCACUGGCGAGCAUGGCAGCUUCACAGUAACACACGUCACGGCCAGAACCCGCAACACGAACGGUUUCCUAUUUGUGCCCUCAGCACGUCAUUAAGGGGCAUUCGUAUUCAUUUUAAAUGUUCCUGUUCAAGAUAGAACCGUACACUCAGACUGAUGUGCAGCCCGGGGUUCAAAACACGCAAUAGUCCUUCGCAGAAAACGUCGUUGCGUUGGGGCGAUUGUUGUCCGUUUCAGUCCUAAACCAACGUGUUUGAGCCAGGACACUAAAGAAAAUUGAUACUAUUGUGUUUUUAACUACGAGUCAAGUCUUGCGAUUUAAAAAGUUACCUACAAAACUGUUUCUAUACACAUAUCAUAUAUCCACAUUUAUAUAUAUAUAUGUAUAUUCGUUUAAAUAUUGUUAUACACAUGUUUUAAUUAUAUCCGUCUCAAAUAUAAUUUUCAAAAGCAAUAAACUAUUUUAUUGGCAUAAUAUAUACCGUGUGAAAUCCGAAAGUUAAAAGGAUUUUUACACAGAUUAUAACAAAAUAAAUACAUAUCCAAAUAAGAAGCAGACUACACAAAUCAUACACGAUGAACGUCGUAGGGGUGAUAUCCAUUGUUUUCUUUUAUUGUCUUAUUCUCAUGGUCGGGUUAUGGGCUGGCAAGAAAAAACACACUGGAAAUUCGGAGGCAGAAGUCAUGUUGGCGGGAAGAAACAUCGGGCUAUUCGUCGGUAUAUUUACCAUGACAGCCACUUGGGUGGGCGGAGGAUAUAUAAACGGGACGGCUGAGGCAAUUUACACGUCAGGACUACUCUGGUGUCAAGCUCCAUUUGGAUAUGCCCUUAGUCUGGUUUUCGGUGGAAUAUUUUUCGCUGAUCCGAUGCGUAGGCAGGGUUACGUAACCAUGUUGGAUCCUCUUCAAGAUUGCUUCGGUGAGCGAAUGGGUGGAUUGUUGUUUUUACCAGCGUUGUGUGGUGAAGUUUUUUGGUCAGCCGGAAUAUUAUCAGCUUUAGGCGCUACGUUGAGUGUCAUCAUCGAUUUGCCUCAAAGUACCAGUGUGAUUCUUAGCUGUUGCAUUGCUGUGUUCUAUACGAUAUUCGGAGGAUUGGCCAGCGUUGCUUACACUGAUGUUAUUCAAUUAUUCGCCAUUUUCAUUGGAUUGUGGCUAAGCGUGCCGUUCGCGUUGACCAACAAAAAAGUAGAUUUCAACACCCCAGGACUAGACUUGAUCGGCGAAAUACAAGCUAAAGACUUCUUUAGCUACGUGGACUAUGCUCUACUAUUAGUUUUUGGUGGCAUUCCUUGGCAGGUUUACUUUCAACGGGUGUUGUCUAGUAAAUCAGCGUCUCAAGCACAAAUCCUUUCCUACGUCGCCGCUUUUGGUUGCUUUAUCAUGGCCAUUCCUCCUGUUAUCAUAGGCAUGGUUGCCAGAGCUACAGCAUGGAACGAGACUCAGUACAAUGGACCUAUGCCUAUGACCCCUAAAGAAACGAGCAUGGUGUUACCUAUGGUUUUACAGUAUUUAACACCGGAUUGGGUGGCGUUCUUCGGAUUAGGUGCAAUAUCUGCAGCUAUCAUGUCUUCGGCUGAUUCUAGCGUACUGUCUGCUAGUUCUAUGUUUGCACGGAAUAUUUACCGCAUGUUGCUACGGCAAAGCGCAUCUGAAAUGGAAAUCGUUUGGGUUAUGCGAAUGGCCAUUGUCGUGGUAGCCUUUUCAGCGACAACCAUGGCAUUGACUAUCCCGUCCAUUUACGGCCUAUGGUCUAUGUGUUCGGACCUCGUUUAUGUUAUCCUGUUCCCGCAGUUGGUGAUGGUAGUCCACUUUAAACCGCAUUGUAAUACAUACGGAUCGCUUUCCGCAUAUAUAAUUGCAUUCUAUAUCCGUAUCGCUGGCGGCGAACCGCUCAUCGGUCUACCAGCUUUGAUUCAUUUCCCCGGAUGGGACGGCGAAAAGCAACUUUUCCCUUUCAGAACCACGGCUAUGCUUUGUUCCCUGAUGACAUUGGUGUUUGUCUCAUGGUUAACCAAAUAUUUAUUCCUCAAUGGAAUACUAGCACCCCAAUACGAUUGGUUCCACUGUGUGGUCAAUAUACCCGAAGAUGCUAUCCGUGUUGAAGAGCCUCACGAAGGAGAACAAAUGACCACACUAACAUCAGGUCCGAUGGGUGCACAAUACGGUACUACCGUAACAACUGGUUUAGUAGGUAAAGACGAACGAAAUGGUAGAAUAAAUCCUGCUCUGGACAUAAAUGACGACGAACCUCAAGGACCAGUGCAGCAGCAAAGGAAAGCUAGUGUCGUCGGCAAGGUUUACAGACCAGGAUAUGAUCAGACUACCGGAUUUUAGAUUGGUCAGAUCUCAAUGCCUCCAAAUGAUAGAAAAUUGAAAUUCAACCCCCUCAAUUUCGGAUACAUAUCACACAUAUUAUACAAAACUAUUAUUCUAAGCUUUACAAUACUCCCUCCAUAUAUUUUAAUAAAUAUUAAGGGAAUGACACACAUAAUGUGUUUCACUAGUUAGAACCAAAAUGCUGUUCAGUAUUAGCAGAACAUUGUAUCUGUCACACGUUUGAAAUUGUUAAUGCUAUCCAUGUUGAUUCUUCCAAAACCUGAAUAAUAAUGUUAAUAAUAUUGAUUAUUAUUAUUAUUAUUUAUAAUACAUCAUAAAAUAUUUAUUAAUAACCAAAAACUAUAUAUAAAAAAAUUACGAAUAUAGUAUACACGUUUUAGAUUAACAAAUUAAAAAUUGCUAAUCGUGAUGAUUUUUAGGAGUACUAUUAAGUAAAUCGGCAUUUAAAUUUAAUAAAAUAUAAAACUAUAUAAUACACUAUUCUAAUAAUAUUUAUUGAGUUAAUCUUUUUAGCUACAUAAAUAAUGUUUCGUAAAAAAGUUGUUAAUGUGAUUAUUGAGCUUUUAAAAAGAAGUUUAAAUAUUUAAUCAGAGAUUUUAUGGGCUUUAACGAGUAUUUUUAAACGUAAUAUUUGAAAUACAGACGUCAUAUUGUUGUUAUUCGAAAUUUUUUUGUGAACUAUUACUAACGAUACAUAUCAUUACAAUACCUAAAAAUAUUAUGUUAACAAGUGCAUAUCAUUAUAAGAAUGCCAUAUUAUAUGACUGACUUUUAGUUAGAUUGUUAAAUUCUGAAUUCAGCUGAAUAAUUUUUCUUUAAAAUUAUACCAUUUUAUAAUCCAUUAUAAUGUUUAGUAUUAUCUUACAUAUCAUGUAAAUCGGUCGGUUUUAAAACUAACUGAUACCAGGAAUGUUAAAUUAUUACU